UCCAAGAACUACAUGGAAGAUUUUUAAAAAUGAUAAUGAUAAUGAUUAUACCUUCUCCUCUGUUUCGUUAAAGUCCUUUAACUGUCUCCUCCUUUCUCCGGUGAAGAUCCACGCGGUCGCAUGAGCUCACGGACCGCCACGAGCUCCCGUCGCCCACGAAUGCGAUAACAUACUUACAAUACGAAGAGCUGUUCUACCAGAUGCUGAACCAGCGAUACCAACAUGUCAAAACCAAGGAGAGGGCCAGCCCAGGCGAACAAGCCGAGGAGAGAUGUGCUGGCUACGUUGAGGAUGGCCUCCAUGGAGGAGGUGUCCAGAGCGGCUCUCCCUGCUGAGAUCAUGUCUUCUAUUCUUGACUACCUAUCUCCUACCGAUUUGAUCCUCGCCGCACGUUCCUCGCGCCUCCUUCGUGAGAUGGUCUAUGAUGACACCAGAUGGGUACAGAGACUGAAGCGCAUGGGUUGCUGGAACGAAAUAGAAGCGAGGAAGCAUGUGGAGAAAACACAUGGGACAAUUGCCACGGUUGAAAGUGUGGAGCGACAGGAAAUACAGGAGCUGGCAGACAGUGUGUCUGUUACAAAUGGUUCUGCUGGCGACAAUGGCGCAGCUAAUAACAGGAGAUCUCUUAUUGAUGGUUUCGACAAGAUAAGCCUGUCAGUUCCAACAACGUCCAACCAGUUCUCAGGUCCAGCAGCUGAGGGUCCUCUGGUGGCAUUGAAAUCAGUCCAGUCCAUACGCGGAGAAGCGCGACAGGAGUAUGGGAAAGUUCAUGCUGCGCUGGCUCCGUUCUACAAUGAUAUAGUGAGCAAUGGUCCGUCUACUGAGAACAUGGUAUUCAAACAAUACCAGGACCCAGAGCAUCAAGCGCAGAUCCUCUCUCAGCUUCAGGCGUUUGCCAAAUCCGAUACUACGACAGGGUGGGAGGAACGUCAUCGGCAGCUGCAGGAUACAGUCUCCAUGUUUGAGGUCGCAGCUGCCAAGGAGUUCCGAGACGGUUAUGAAAGCGAGGAUAUUGAUGGUAAAAUGCGCAAAUAUGCCCAUGUGCUUACGAUUCUCAACGGGGGCGGCUCUGCUAUCGACUAUUUUAUCCACCACAACCAUGUCGUGACCAGGAAGUCUGACUUUGGCAACGUAAAAGACUGUAUCGAUUCGGAAACUGGGGCUGUUAAGCUUCAGCACACCCAAGCUUUUCUUACCCGCCUAGGUGUCGGCUAUAAUGAUGAGGUCUCGAUAAUCUCGCGAGCUUUCCCACCGUCUUUAGACGUUGCUACCCCUUUUCUUCAGAAGGUGGGAGUGGAUGUAAUGUCCCCGUUUCUGGCAGCGUUAUUCGAGGAGCUGCAUCGGAGAGACGUUGAAUCCUACCUCAAAGCUGUAUCAGGAACUUUUGUGCAAUGCACAAACUUUUCCCAAUCGUUACAGCCUAUCCACAUUACCGGUGAUGAGUUCUAUGACACAGUCAACCGUGUCAUUGCCGGAAUUUAUGAGGCACAUAUUGACCUGUAUCUUGCGGAGGAGCUAGAAUUUUUCAAGAAAGGUUCUGAUGAUGCAGUUAAUGAAUGGGAUCGGCAGCUCUCCGAGCAAGCAGCGUCAACGGAGUCUUUUCUGAUGUCCAAUGUGAAUCGACAAGCUGAUAAGAAGGAUUUCCUGUCCUCUUUCAAGAAGGUCGUCAUGAUGCCUGUGAAUAUUCUUCCAAGCUUCUCAUCAAAAUCAAGCACUGCUAAAAGCGAGGGUGAAUUGAGCGGCGCUGACCCGAACCCGCCGCUGAAGAGUCCCAACAGAUUUUCGACUACAAUGUCUCCGGUUUUUCCUGUUCCCUUACAGGAGGCUCCAACCACAGAACUCGCAGCAAAGGCUGCUAUCAUGAAUGCAAAACUGGAAGGUAUCCGAUCGCUCUUCAGUAUUGAGGUCGCUUUAGGCCUUGUCCAUUCCGCGAAAAACAGUCUGGAGAGAGCGGCGCAGUUUGUGAAACUUGGCGGAGAGUACGGCAUGGCAGCAAGACACCAAUGCGAGGCCAUAUUUGUUGCUUUGCUGCGCAUUCUAGGACAGCGCCAUGUCAUCCAAGGCUUUGACAAGGCAGUGGAUCACCUGUCCAACUAUAGGCCACGUGAGCAAGGAGACCGCGACACGUCUGGGGUCGAACCUCUGGUGACAUUCCUGGAACUAGUAAACGUUGGCGAUCUGAUUCUUCAGAUGGUGGACGUCUUCUACGAACAGGAGCUGAUAGGCUCGAAGUUGACUGACCGAAGCGACUUCUUGGACCCUGCAGUCAAGGAAAAGAAGAAAUUUGAACAGAUGCUCGACGAACGGGUGGCUGCUGGGCUCAACAAGGGUAUCAAUGUCCUAAUGGAAGAAGUGGAUUAUAUUCUUGCCACAAGGCAGGUAGCCACUGAUUUUAACCCGGAGGUCUCUAUGGACCCCAAACGGCAAACAAUGGAUGUGGGGGUUAGUGAAGCUGCGCGGGCUGUAGUGGAUGUGGUCUCAUCCCAUACGCAGAUGCUUGUGGGAAGUACAGACAAGAGUACGCUGGAUGUUUUCAACCAAGAAGUUGGACUUCGUCUCUUCAAUGCUCUGUGCAAGCAUCUAAAGCGGCAGCGCAUCAGCGUCGAAGGUUCACUAAAGCUUAUCAGCGAUAUGAACCAUUACUACCGCUACAUACAGACGUUGAAGAACAGUGAACUGCUGCUCUACUUCAAGGCUCUCCGGGAACUGGCUCAAAUCUAUCUCAUCCAUCCCUCCGAUGCGAAAGAGCUGGCCACCGUCAUUGCCGAUAAUGAUCGAUUCUACGGCAUCUUGCGAGCAGAAGAGGUUUACGAAUUCGCCGAGCGUCGUGCAGAUUGGUAUAUAGUGCGACAUAACGUUGAGCGAGCCAUGUACGGUGUUGGAUGUAGCAUCAUGUAGAGACAUGCUUAUAUCGACUCUCAUCUACUCGAGCAAUCAUACUAUCCGAAACGAUUGCGACGCGCGUACAUAACUGGCACGCUUGCUAUCAUA